AUGGACCCAUUUCAACGCCUACCAGCAGAGCUACGCAUCGCCAUCCUCAGCAUGAUACCAAGCCACGAUACGACGCUCCACCUCAUAAGUGCAUCACCCAUCAUGCUCACUCAGUACAUGCUGUCCGGGCGACAAUGCUUCUUGUCCUUUCUACAAAACAUGGCAGGGUGCAGUUCCGGUCCCGUCUUUGAUGAAAUGCUACAAGACGCGCUUGGUCUCGUCUAUCUCCAAGACAAGACGCUUGACGCAAAGGCACGCAUCGAAAUAGCGAAACAGUGGAAGCAGAAUGCUCUGCCGAACCCAUUCUCAACUGGAGACGACCAGACCAUAGACAAGCUUCGCCGUUUGUUCGCUUCGAAGAGCUAUGCUCUCAAUGCACACCUAUACGAGAUAGCAUUAGACCCUACCAUAGUCACGUACUGUGAGAGACUAGACGACAUGUAUUGGCCCGGCCUCUACAAUCAAUUUCGGAAAUCACUGUAUUAUCGUUUUAUGAGGGAAUCAGGUAUCGACCGACUCGGCCGCUCAGUGUCGCGCUCUGAGUAUUACAAACUUUUCUACAAACCCAUUGUGUAUACCAUGCGCAUUCCUAAGGUCUGGAAUAAUAACAUUUACUAA